AUGGUGGAUCCAGCCUGUGCAGGGCGACCCCACGGCGCUGUCUGCGACAUCCACUGCUCCCCAGGUUAUGAUCCAGACCCCGAGGCCAGCCGGUACGUCUGCGAGGCUAGCGAGUGGCGCAUCGUGAACGGCAAGUCCACGCCCUGCAUAGAGAAAUCUUGCCCG